AAUCCAUAUUUAUUUGGUUGGGUGUAAAGUAUAUCACUAUUAUUAAAUCGAUCGAUGUGAAUAAUAUUCGAAGUCGUACAUUUUUUGCUUUGUUAUUAUUCUUUGAUCAUAGACAACGCUGUUGUCAGAAGAUCGAUAACCUCCAAAGUCCAAAUUCUUGAAAUAGUUUUGUAAAUAGUAAUAAUGUAUGAAACAGAAAUAUUAUUAUAAUUAUAUUUAUACUCAGUCAAACUGAAUAUGUCGACGAUCUCUGCAAACGUAGUAACCAGCGAUGGAACUUUCAUUCCUGCAUCUCAAAGGCCAGAUGGUACUUGGCGUAAAGCCAGACGUGUUAAGGAUGGAUACGUUCCUCAGGAGGAAGUUCCUCUUUAUGAAAGCAAAGGAAAGCAGUUCAUGAACAAAUCUGGAAAGCCUCAACCUCUUGUCUUACCUACAGGCCACAUAGCUCACCAAACUAUUCCGGGAUUAUUUAUUCUUGAGGAUAAAACUAAGGAACAGAAAACUUCUAAGAAAAAAUCUAAAAAAAAUACUGAGAUCGAGACACUAUCCAGUAAAGUGGAUAAUAUGAAUCUAAAUACUCAGAAAAAUGUUCCCUCCAAACCUGCCAACGGAAAUAAAGGUGAAGAUAAAGGUGAUACCGAAUUAUCCCCUGAGAAAAAAAUUAAAAAUUUGAAGAAAAAGGUAAGAGAGAUCGAAGCUCUAGAAGAAAAACUUAAAAAUGGUACCAUUACUAAACCUGAACCGGAACAAUUACAAAAAAUUAAAAGGAAAAAUGAUUUACUCCUACAAAUUCACGAGCUGGAGAAAUCAUUGUAAUAUACUGGGUUAAAUCAGUGGUUGCAUUUUUAUUUUAUUAAGUCAUUCUUUUUGUGAAUAAAAUUUAAGUUUCAUAAUAAAUUUUUGUCAUUGAUUGUGAUAAAGUAAAACUACAAUGAAAAAAAGUACAAAAUUUAUUAUAAUUCACCAUAAUUUACAAUAUGCUUUAGUCUCAGUAUCACAGUGGAAAUGUUUA